GGAGGAGGGAGGAUGAUAAAUAUUGCUCAGAAGCGACAAGCUAGCCAGCCUGUAGCUCUGCCUGUUCCUUAGGGAGGAUUGCAGAGCUCGGUACAAUCCCAGGAGGGCUCCUCUGGCUUUGCAAGACCUGAUCUCUGCAGGGUUGUUGGAGGCGUUUCUGGACGUAGGGGACCCGAUUCUUCUCCCCCGGCUGCUUUGGAGCAUGGCUGGCAAGGUGCAUCGGCUGUGCACGGGCUGGAGCUUACUGCUGUUGCAGGCAGCGCUCUGCUCUUCCCAGGGUAACUGCGAUAGCCCCGACCAGUGUGCUCGGAAUAAUUCUAACUGGACUAGCCUGUGGUAUGUCUGGCUGAUUCUACUGACUGUGUUCAUGCUCCUGCUAUGUGGCAUCACAGCGAGCUGUGUGAAGUUCUGCUGCCGGAAGAAGAGACCCCCAGUUCAAACCUUCCCUAGACGCCCCUACGAUUUGACAGUCAUUGCCGUUGAUGGUGAUAGCACCGCCCACAGCACGGUGACCUCAUACAGCUCUUUCCAGUACCCCCAGAGCGCCCCACUUCCACUUCCAUUUGGGGAUAUGGAUAGGAGCACCAUGUCUCCCCCAGCCUACAGCCUCUAUGCAAUGGAGUUGCCACCCUCAUAUGAUGAGGCCAUCAAAAUGGCUAAGCCCUACAUUGAGACGGUGUUGGUGGGCCAGAAGCUCAAUGACAUCCUUGAGCCGGUGGCACCAGAAGAGCCAAAUCAGCACCAAGGUUCAUCUGCUCCUGUGGCCGGUGAACCGGAGACACAGCCAAGUUCAGAAGAACCACAAGUUGAAGCACAAGGCCAACCUCCGCUCUAGCCCAUUUAGAGGUGAGGGAGAAUACAAGGACCUUGAAGUACUAAAGACAUUAAAAGUUUGAUCUUAUAUGCAAGUAACCAUGGGAAGAUGCCUAAUCUGAUGUCUGUAGCAAUGAUCUGUCAUGUGGGAGGAAUGUUUCCUGCAAUUGCAGUAAUCUUCUGUUGACGCUUCUAGGGUAUUAAAUGAAAUAGGAGGACAACAGUUUAAAAAUACCCUGUAUGGGUGAUACAUGGAUGCUAGUUUGGGUCUUGCCAAUGAAAAAUAAUCCUUUGUACUGAUAUAGCAAUGAAAAGGGCAGGGGCAUGGUUCUGUGAUAGCGACACCUUCAUUAGAUGCCAGAAUGACGCAAACAGUGCAUUGUUCCUGAACAGAAGAUGGAGUUUCCCAAACUUGAGACAGAAAUGGAGUCUUGAUCAAGUGCAAAUUCAAGAGCUUCUAUAGCUUGUCUCUUAUUUUGAGAAGGUUAACUGUCCAGCAAAUUGCUGAAGCACUGAACUCGUUGCUACGUAACGGUGAAUGUUCUUUAAACUGAAGAAAAUGGCACCCCAGGACUCUACUAUGCACAUUGUUAUUUCCACAGUGAUGGGGAGAGACAAGGGAAAAGACAUUUGUGCCAGUUAUAGGAGACCCGAAUCAUUAAAAAAACCCAUCAUUUUCAAGAUGGGGAAGGGGAGGUUGAUGCUUGUUGGUUUUGUCAGUUACAGUGCAAAUUAGCCUCCAGGAGAAACUUUUAUACAUGGUUUGGUAUCAUUAAAAUAUUUCAAGUAUUCAUGCUUUUUGCUGACUUAACCCAAUGGGUUUGAAAAACUAAAUGAUCUGGUAAAUAUUGAAUGCCUUGUCAGCACAAAAAGUCGGUAGUAUGAAUUUCAGAAAAAGAGAAAAGUUAAAAGUGCAGCGCUUGACCUUCUUAUGGGAUUUUUAUUUUAUAUUUCACUGAUUUUUUUUUAAACUAUAAAUAAAAUUUUAACCUUUUAAAGCAAACCAUCUGCCAUUGUGAGUUCUAAGUAACCUAAGAUAAGGGUUACAGAGAAAAGUGUCCAAUAAAAAUUUCUUCAAGGAAAGAUCUGUGACGCAUAGAACAAUAGAAAUGAGCAUUGAAGGGAUCUUUCAUAGCAUGUAGCUCAACUCCACACUGUGUUUCCUUGGGACUGUGGGGCUUACACACUAUAACCGUUUUUGUGUGUGCAUGGAAACCGUAUAAACCUUCUAUCCCUUAAAACUGCAGGUACAAGAAAUCCUAGUCCUUUGAGCUUGAAUAAACUCUGAUUGUUCGGAUACUUUUUCCAGUGGCAGUGUGAUAUUCUGUCUCCUCUUUACUGCAACUGUAGAGAGGAAACUGAGUGCACAAAAUCUUUUAGAAACGGGUAAAGUGAACUCAGGAGGUGGGAAAAGAUGAAGGUCGGAAAAGCCACAGCUGCAACAACUGUAUUGGGCAAAAAUCCCCAUUGAAUAGGGCACUGCUGCUGCUUACCCAGCAGUAAGCAUUUCCAGUACCCAUCUAGUAGCUACUUGUUUGAGAACUGAAGCCCUACACACUGAUUGAACUAUCAGAACAGUGCAC